GACCAAUGUACGGAACACUAAACAGCCAAUCCAUGUGUUCCACGCUUCCCCGAAUCCGCAGCUACCACCAUUCCGUUCAAUCCCAUUGGCCCUCCACUCCUCGUCAACUCAUCCAGCGUGCUCUGCUGCUCUUCUCCAAUCAGCGCCCCAGCUAAGUAGCUGACCCGCCGCGAGCGCCAAUGGCGGCCGCCGCGGCCCUGGCCGCCGUGCUGGCGCUGUCCUGCUGCGGCGCCGCGUCCGCCACGGCUGCGACGGCAGCGGCGGAGGCGGACCGCAUCGGCAGCCUGCCGGGCCAGCCGCCGGUCAACUUCUCCAUGUACUCCGGCUACGUCACCGUCGAGGCGGCCGCGGGGCGCGCGCUCUUCUACUGGCUCAUCGAGGCGGCCGGCGUGCCCUCGGAGUCCGCGCCGCUCGUGCUCUGGCUCAACGGCGGGCCCGGGUGCUCCUCCGUCGGCUACGGCGCGUCAGAGGAGCUCGGCGCCCUCCGGAUCAACGCCGACGGCAGGACGCUCUCCUUGAACGCCUACCCCUGGAACAAAGUGGCGAACAUGUUGUUCUUGGACUCGCCGGCCGGCGUCGGCUACUCCUACUCCAACACCACCUCCGAUCUGUACACUGCCGGCGACAACAAGACAGCCCAUGACUCGUACACUUUCUUGGUGAAUUGGUUGGAGCGGUUUCCACAAUACAAGUAUCGCGACUUCUACAUCACAGGAGAGAGCUACGGAGGUCAUUACGUGCCUCAGUUGUCUCAGCUAGUGUACCGGAACAACAAAGGAGUUGAAAAGCCAGUCCUAAACUUCAAAGGCUUCAUGGUCGGAAAUGCGGUAAUUGACGACUACCAUGACUACAUUGGCACAUUUGAGUACUGGUGGACGCAUGGGCUUAUCUCAGAUGAAACCUAUGAGAAGUUGCGGCUGGCCUGUGAGUUCGAUGUAUCCGAGCACCCGUCGGAGGAGUGUAAGAAGAUUUUAGAAGUAGCUGCGGCCGAGCAAGGGAAAAUUGAUGCAUACAGCAUCUAUACUCCUACCUGUAAGAAGACUUCAUUGCAUAAGCGCUGGCUAAUAAGAGGAAGAACGCCAUGGUUUCCCAGAGGAUAUGAUCCCUGCACCGAAAAGUACUCGAGAAAGUACUACAACUUACCUGAGGUACAGAAAGCUUUACACGCCAAUGUCACUGGAAUACCAUAUGCCUGGGUAGGCUGCAGCGACCCAAUUUACGAAUACUGGAAAGAUUCACCGAGGUCCAUGCUCCCUAUUUACCGUGAACUUAUUGCAGCAGGCAAACGGAUAUGGGUCUUCAGUGGUGAUGCUGAUUCUGUUGUCCCGCUCACUGGGACAAGAUACUCCAUCGACGCGCUCUCUCUACCAACCGUAACAAACUGGUAUCCUUGGUAUGACGGCGGAGAGGUUGGUGGAUGGUGCCAAGUGUACAAGGGCUUGACACUGGUGACGAUCCGAGGUGCGGGGCACGAGGUUCCCCUCCACCGCCCGCGGCAAGGCCUGAAGCUCUUCGAGCACUUCCUGCGCGAUGAGCCCAUGCCCAAGCCUGUACAUAGCAUUCAGACGUUUUAGAGUGUGCUAUCUCGUCUGAUGAAGAAGAACAGGAUGCGCCAAGCCAUGUUGUUGUAAAACAUUUGUUGCCACAUUUUCAGGUGAACGAUCUCGACCUGUGCAAUACUCAACGUUGGCCGGGCGUCACAUUUCCACUGUUCGGACGAUUUCAGAGAAUCAGAAUAGAAUGAGGCAAUGCCGUUUCAACUUUCAA